UGGCGGCACUGGAAUAUUUGAUACUUAUUUCUUUUUCUUUUUCAAAUCCUCCUUUGGAAUUGAAAGAAACGGAUCAUGCCUGAACCAGUUACUUUGUGCAGUAUUAAGAGAAUUGGAGAAGAUAAUUUGGCCUUUGAAUCAAAUGAGUCACAUAAUGGCAUCAGGAAAGCAAAGAAUUUUGGUGGGAAAAAUGAAGCCUCUUCAAAGAACAAUGCAAAGAUACCAGACAAGAAAAAAGAUGCGAUUCGGAUUGGAUUCUUUCAGCUGUUCAGAUUUGCUUCUUCAUCUGAGAUACUGAUGAUGCUUUCAGGGGCUAUCUGUGCCAUUCUUCAUGGAACAGCCCAGCCAGCCAUGCUGAUUGUUUUUGGGAUCAUGACGGACACAUUUAUUCAAUAUGACAUUGAAAAACAAGAGCUGCAGGACCCAAACAAAGGGUGCAUGAAUAACACAAUAGUUUGGAUUAACAGCUCCUAUCCUCAGAAUGUCAGUAAUGCAUCAAUAAGUUGUGGGUUGCUGGAUAUUGAAAGUCAAAUGAUCUAUUUUGCAAGUUCCUAUGCAAUAACAGGCUUUGCUGUUCUGGUGCUUGGAUACCUCCAAAUUUGUUUGUGGGUAACAUCAGCUGCUCGUCAGACCCAACAGAUCCGAAAAGCCUAUUUUAGGAAAAUCAUGAGGAUGGACAUAGGCUGGUUUGAUUGUACAUCAGUGGGGGAACUCAGUACACGGAUUUCUGAUGACAUUAAUAAAAUAAAUGAUGCUAUUGCUGAUCAAGUCGCAAUCUUUAUCCAGCGCUUCACCACCUUUGUUUGUGGAUUCCUGCUAGGAUUUGUCAGAGGCUGGAAGUUGACCUUGGUUAUUAUCGCAGUCAGUCCUCUCAUUGGGAUCGGAGCUGGCAUAAUUGGCCUGUCUGUGGCAAAGUUGACAGGUCUAGAAUUAAAGGCUUAUGCAAAAGCUGGGGCCAUCGCUGAUGAAGUGCUCUCAUCGAUCCGAACUGUGGCCGCAUUUGGAGGAGAGAAAAAAGAAGUUGAAAGAUAUGACAAAAAUCUGGUGUUUGCUCAAAACUGGGGGAUCAGAAAGGGAAUCAUAAUGGGAUUUUUCACAGGCUACAUUUGGUGCAUCAUUUUCCUGUGCUAUGCGCUGGCCUUCUGGUAUGGCUCAAAACUUGUCCUUGAACAAGAGGAAUAUUCUGCUGGCACCCUUUUGCAGGUUUUUCUCGGCGUCCUAGUAGGUGCCUUAAAUCUUGGUCAAGCAGCCCCUUGCUUGGAAGCCUUUGCAACAGGUCGAGGGGCUGCCACAAAUAUAUUUGAGACAAUAGAGGAAAAACCUAGAAUUGACUGUAUGUCAGAAGAUGGCUACAAACUGGACAAAGUCCGGGGUGAAAUUGAAUUCCAUAACGUAACCUUCCAUUAUCCAUCCAGGCCCGAUGUUAAGAUUUUAGAUGAACUCAGCAUGGUUAUCAAGCCAGGUGAAACCACAGCCUUUGUUGGUCCAAGCGGCGCAGGGAAAAGUACCACAAUUCAGCUGAUCCAGCGCUUCUAUGACCCUACCGAAGGCAUGGUUACUCUAGAUGGACAUGACAUUCGUUCCCUUAACAUUCAGUGGCUGCGCUCUUUGAUGGGGGUGGUGGAACAAGAACCUGUCCUGUUUGCCACCACUAUAGCAGAAAACAUUUGCUACGGUCGGGAAGAUGCCACUAUGGAAGACAUCAUCAGAGCGGCCAAAGAAGCCAAUGCCUACAACUUUAUCAUGGAUCUGCCUCUGAAAUUUGACACCCUUGUUGGAGAAGGUGGUGGCCAAAUGAGCGGAGGCCAGAAGCAGCGAAUUGCCAUUGCUCGGGCUUUAGUUCGAAACCCUAAAAUCCUGUUGCUUGACAUGGCUACAUCAGCGCUGGACAAUGAAAGUGAGGCUACUGUGCAAAAGACACUUUCCAAGGCUCGUUUUGGGCGCACUGCAAUUUCCAUAGCUCAUCGCUUAUCCACAGUGAAAUCUGCUGACAUCAUCAUUGGGUUUGAACAUGGAAGAGCUGUGGAAAGAGGGAAACAUGAAGAGCUGAUAGAACGGAAAGGAGUGUACUUCACGCUGGUAACGUUGCAAAGCCAAGGCGACAAGGCACUCAUGGAAACAUCAAUGCAAAUACCUGACCCAAGGCUUGAAAAAAUGCAGUCUUUCAGCAGGGGAAGCUAUCAAGCAAGCUUGCGAGCAUCUCUUCGACAGCGUUCCAGAUCUCAGUUGUCAAACAUAGUCCCUGACCAUCCAGCAUCAAUUGUAGGAUCCUAUUCAGAGCGCAACUGUAGCAUAUCUCACUAUGAAGAAGAUGAAAGGCCAUUUAUCAAGGGACAAAUUCACGAAAAGGAUGAGGAAGAAGUCUCACCUGCUAAUGUGACCAGGAUUUUGAAGUACAAUGCUCCCGAAUGGCCCUACAUGGUGCUUGGAUCCCUUGGGGCAGGGGUCAAUGGGGCAGUCAACCCUCUCUAUGCCUUGCUCUUCAGUCAAAUUCUUGGAACCUUUUCCGUGACUGAUGAAGAAGAGCAAAGAGCUCAGAUCAACGGUGUCUGCCUGCUCUUUGUGGUUGUUGGAAUCGUAUCGUUCUUCACCCAGUUCCUGCAGGGCUAUACGUUUGCAAAGGCCGGAGAAUUGCUUACACGACGCUUAAGGAAAAUUGGCUUCCAGGCAAUGUUAGGCCAAGACAUUGGUUGGUUUGAUGACCAUAGAAACAGCCCAGGGGCCUUGACGACGAGACUAGCAACGGAUGCCUCUCAAGUUCAAGGGGCAACUGGCACACAGAUAGGCAUGAUUGUGAACUCGCUCACCAAUAUCGGAGUGUCCAUUAUUAUCGCUUUCUACUUCAGCUGGAAACUCAGCUUAGUCAUAACCUGCUUCUUGCCUUUCUUGGCUUUGUCGGGAUUGGUGCAGUCUCGAAUGCUGGUAGGCUUUGCAUCUCAGGACAAGAAAGCGAUGGAAGCUACUGGAAGGAUUUCCAAUGAAGCCCUUGCAAAUAUUAGGACCAUAGCUGGGAUUGGAAGGGAGAAAAGUUUUAUCAAUGCUUAUGAGAAAAAGCUAGAAGUCCCCUACAGAGCGGCUAUUAAAAAAGCAAACGUUUACGGAGUUUGUUAUGGCUUUGCCCAGUGUGUUUUGUUCAUAGCCAAUUCUGUCUCUUACCGAUACGGAGGAUUUUUAGUCGAAAAGGAAGGACUUCACUACAGCUACGUAUUUAGGGUGAUUUCUUCCAUUGUAACUAGUGGAACGGCUUUGGGAAAAGCAUCCUCUUAUACCCCCAAUUAUGCCAAGGCUAAAAUAGCAGCUGCCCGUUUUUUUCAGCUGGUGGAUCGGAUUCCCCAAAUCAGUACGUACAGUGAGGUCGGAGAAAAAUGGGAUAAUUUCCAUGGAAGAAUUGAAUUUCUCAACUGCAAGUUCACGUAUCCAUCUCGUUCUGAUACUCAAGUGCUAAAUGGCCUCUCUGUCUCUGUGAAAUCUGGGCAGACCCUUGCAUUCGUUGGCAGCAGUGGAUGUGGGAAAAGCACCUGUGUUCAACUUCUGGAAAGGUUUUAUGAUCCUGAUGAAGGAAAAGUGCUGAUAGACGGCCGCGACACUCGGCAAGUAAACAUCCACUUUCUUAGAUCUAAAAUAGGGAUAGUUUCUCAAGAACCAGUGCUGUUUGACUGUAGCAUUGUCGACAACAUUAAAUACGGGGAUAACAGUAGAGAAAUAUCUAUGGAUGAAGUGAUAACCGCUGCCAAGAAAGCCCAAUUGCAUGAAUUUGUGAUGUCACUCCCUCAAGAAUAUGAAACCAAUGUUGGGGCUCAGGGGUCUCUACUGUCUCGAGGGCAAAAGCAGCGCAUUGCCAUCGCAAGAGCCAUCGUUCGAGACCCUAAGAUCUUAUUACUGGAUGAAGCAACUUCCGCACUGGAUACAGAAAGUGAACAGACUGUGCAGGCUGCCCUGGACAAAGCUCGAGAAGGCAGGACCUGCAUUGUCAUUGCACACCGCUUGUCCACCAUUCAGAAUUCGGACAUCAUCGCUGUCAUGUCUCAGGGAGUCAUCAUUGAGAAGGGCACUCAUGAAGAACUGAUGGCCCAGGAAAGGGCAUACUAUAAACUGGUCAGCACGGGGGCACCCAUUAGCUGAGCUUCUGCAGUCCCUGUGUGGGUUGUGUUCAUUUUCUUAAGGCAGUGGCCCCCAACCUUUUUUGUACCACGGACCGGUACCGGCAUCAC